CUACCACCGCUUCAUUUUCACGAAACCGCCACUAACUACCACUGUAGCAACUCUUUCUUUUCUUCUCAACUCAAGUUUCUUUCUUCUUCUUCUUCUCUCUCUGUUUCGAAGAACGUUGUUGUUGAUGUUCAUCAAAUUUGUAGAAGAAUCACAUCAUCGCGAUAAUGGAACAGCAACAGAGAAGUCUCUCCGGUUCGUCAUCGCAGAGCCCUAGAUCUCCGUCUUCCUCUCAACAACAACCGUUCCUCUCCGUCUCCGUCACCGAUCCCGUCAAGCUCGGCAAUGGCGUCCAAUCCUACAUCUCCUACCGCGUCAUCACCAAAACAAAUUUUCCCGAAUACCAGGGACCUGAGAAGAUUGUCAUCCGGCGAUACAGUGACUUCAUUUGGCUACGCGAUCGCCUUUUUGAGAAGUACAAAGGCAUUUUUAUCCCCCCUCUUCCAGAGAAAAGUGCUGUAGAGAAAUUUCGUUUCAGUGCUGAAUUUAUUGAGAUGAGGCGUCAGGCUUUGGAUAUAUUUGUAAAUAGGAUAGCAUCACAUCAUGAACUUCAACAAAGUGAGGACCUGAGGGUGUUUUUGCAGGCAGAAGAAGAGACAAUGGAAAGAUUAAGGUCCCAUGAGACUGGCAUAUUCAAGAAGAAGCCAGCUGAUUUAGUGCAGAUAUUUAAGGAUGUACAAUCCAAAGUGAGUGAUGUUGUCCUUGGGAAAGAGAAGCCAGUGGAGGAAUCAAAUCCUGAAUAUGAAAAGCUGAAACAUUAUAUCUUUGAGCUUGAAAACCACUUGGCUGAAGCUCAAAAACAUGCAUAUCGUCUUGUGAAGAGGCAUAGAGAGUUGGGACAAUCGCUGGCAGAUUUUGGAAAAGCAGUAAAACUUCUAGGUGCCUCUGAAGGAAAUGCUCUUGGGAAAGCAUUCUCUGAACUUGGGAUUAAGUCAGAGAUUUUAUCUGCCAAGCUGCAAAAGGAGGCACAACAGCUCUUGAUGGAUUUUGAAGAACCUUUGAAAGAUUAUGUCCGUGCUGUACAAUCUAUUAAGGCAACAAUCGCAGAGAGGGCCAAUGCCUUCAGGAGACAAUGUGAACUGGCUGAAACAAUGAAGCUGAAGGAGAUUAAUCUUGACAAACUCAUGUUGAUUCGGUCUGAUAGAGUUGCAGAAGCUGAACGUGAAUAUAACGAGUUGAAGGCAGAGAGUGAACAAGCAACAAAGACAUUUGAGACAAUUGUAAAGUUAAUGAAUGAAGAAAUAGGGCGUUUCCAAGAACAGAAAACACUAGAUAUGGGAAUCGCUUUCCAUGAAUUUGCUAAAGGCCAGGCACGUCUUGCAAACGGUAUUGCAGAAGCGUGGCGAAGUCUGCUUCCUAAACUGGAAGCAUGUUCCUCCUCAUAAGAGUUAAUGAGUGAGUACUACAUAGCAUAGAUGAAGUACUCUUAACAGCUGGUUACCGGAACUAGGAUUUGGCAUAUGUGCGGCUCUUGUUUUGUUAAAGGGCUUACACAGGAGUUAUCUGCUGUUUCAAAUUAUGUUGUAAAAGUGAUUUUCUUACUUGAAUUUUGUACAAAUUUUAAACAAAGUAAAGGCUGCUACCGAAGUCUUUGAAAAUUUAAAUGCCAUCUUUAGACUAUCUUUAGAAUA